AUGGCGUUGUUAGCAAGCACCCUAAGGAAUGUCCACAUGUACCGGAGCCUAAUUGUCAGAACGGGUCGCUGCAUUGGCUUUGGAGAUCCUCACUAUGUGACCUUUGAUGGAACAUACUAUGGUUUCCAAGGAAACUGUUCUUAUAUCUUGGUUAAAGAGAUCGACCCAAAAUACAACUUCAGCAUCAUCAUUGAUAACGUGUACUGUGGUGCAGUAGAUGGUCUUUCAUGUCCUAAAUCAUUGACCAUUCACUAUAAAUCUUUUGAAAUCUACAUGAGUCAAGAGGUUUCUCCAGGAAAAGUCACAAACUUGAUUUAUGUCAAUCACAAGCGCGUCUACCCAGCUUACAGUAACAAUGACUUCCAAAUCACAGACAACGGCAUUGAAGCUUUACUGGUCAUACCUGCCAUCGGCGCGCAGAUUAUGUUCUCUGGUCUCCAGUUCAGUAUUGAACUCCCAUGGAGUAAAUUCCAUGGCAAUACCGAGGGACAAUGUGGAACAUGUGACAACAAUCGCAAAGAUGACUGCCGCUUGCCCAAUGGAACAAUUGAUUCAUCUUGCCCAGAUAUGGCCCACCAUUGGAGGGUUAAUGAUAGCUGUCCAGAACCCCCACCACCACCCCCACCCCACACCUGUCCACCAGAAACCAUCUGCAAAAUCAUUUCGAGCAAGUAA